AUGUCAUUGCACCCGAGGAGAGCCAUGGUCUGGCAGCGGAUUAUCCCUGAACUGGGGACCAAAAAUCGGUAUCUGAUGCAUUUGCUCCUAGCACUGGGUGGCAUCCACAUGAUUACGCAUCAGGCUGAGGCCAACAGUUCCAGCGGCAUUGAAGAUUCAGAUACGGUGGACUUAGCAACCAUCGUGGAACACCAUCAAAGAGGACUGGAAGGCUUCAGAGAAGAGGUAUCCUGCAUCUCUCCGUCCAAUGCUGAACUUGUCUUCACGGGGUCUUUGCUUCUUGUCGGGUUUGCAUUUGCAUCACUGAAGGUUCAGAAGCUUAAUCCACUUACUGGGACUCCCAAGGAGAUGAACAGCGCCGCGGGAAAUCCCUCUUCAACAAAUGACAUCUUACAUCUCAACUGGUUAUACCUCAACCGAGGGAUAUCAUCUGUGAUAAGUGCUCAAUGGCAUGUGUUAAAAGCCAGCAGGCUCCGGCAAAUGGUGGUAUAUCCACAUGGCGAUGAGUUUUGGAAGGAAUUACCGCUCGAUGCACCAUCAUCUCGACUUUCUCAUUGCUCACCCCGGCUAUUCAAAUUUGGUGAAGGCGCCAGCCAAGCAGUCGCCAACCUACAGGCUUCUUUGAAUGUGUUUGAACCUGCUAAGAAUAACUUAUCCAGCUGCUGGACAUCCCAACCUUCACCUUCCAUGACUCUAGACUGGAUUGUGAACGCGCACUCUGGGGCUAUAGAAGUCCUAGACAAGGUAUAUUCGCGCAUCCUCUCCGUAUUGCGGUGUGCAGCAACUGAGAAUUCUGCUGAUCUGGAAAUCCAGCUGGAUUUUGAAGAGGCGGCGAUUCUGUCCUGGCCAGUCCAGCUUCCAAGUCCAUUCUUGGCAUCGCUUGAGAGAAGCGAACAUGACUGCCUUCAUGGACACUCACUUAUAAUCCUUGCUCAUUUCUAUUUGGUAAAUACUCUAGUUGAUACUUGGUUUAUGCGGGGCUCGUUUGAAAGAGAGAUACUUAAAGUCAAUGCGCUUAUCGAUACCCUGAAUGAGAGCCAACUGUCAACAUUCAUGCUGUGGCCCAACGAAGUCAUGAAGUUGUCACUGACAUGUACUUCUUGA